CAGAUCGAGACAAAGCGAUAAACAGCAGCAGCAGCAACUGCAACUGCUCAUUCAACUGCUCAUUCAACAUAUUAACCGGAACUGCAAUCACUAGGAAUGAUGAAUUUCUUGAUCGACGAGCGCGGAGCAAACGGCGUGGUCGCUGUAGUUUCCCUCUUGAUCUUCCUUAAUUACCUACUCUCUCGGCUCCCUGCUUUUGUUGUUGCAGGGUUGACUGAUGACUUCUUUCCCUUGACAGAGGUACUUGCCACGAAGUACACUCCUUCCAGUAGGAAAACAAUGCGAGUGCCUACCUGCCUGAGAGUGUCAGGGAGGUGCAGGUCUGAAGAGAAGGAGGGAAUUGCCGGUUCACAAAUAAAGCAAGUGCGAAUACACCCACAGCUCAGGAAGGCGUAACCGUGAAGGCUUGGAGGGGAAAGAACCACCCUCUCGUCUGACCUUCCUCCCCGUCUUCUUUCCCAACCUAAUUCAUCAAGAUCCUCAACUGCAGCGUUUCUCUACCUACCUCAUCCCUCUCCCCCUUCGUUUCUUUACCCUUACGCCAUUCUUCUCCA